AUGAACCACACUCGCGGCCUCGCGUCGACUGCGCAGGCGUUGCGCCAUACCUUCUUCACACCUCUCCGCACGUCGAGAACGGGGAUUUUGCAGCAGCCUAGACUGUAUAAGAAUAGUCUGCAACUUCGAAACUUUCAGUUAUCUCGAAACCUCGCCGGUCCCAAAGUUACUACACCAGCUUCGACCUUGAUCAAAGACGAAUCAAUUAGAUCUGCAUGGGUGCAAGUGGUCAACGAGGAAGGAAACCUUGAUGAACCUCAAAAGCUCCUCGACGUCCUUGCCUCAUUCGAUCGCAACAAGUUCUUCUGUAUUCAAGUAGCCGCUGCUGCUGGACCGAGCAAACCGCCUAUUUGCAAGAUCUUGAAUAAGAAAGAGUAUAGGGAAAGCGAGAAGGCCAAAAUCAAGGCCGCCAAAUCGGCAGCUCAGUCUACGAAACAGGUCGAACUGAACUGGGCUAUUGAUGCACACGAUUUGCAGCAUCGUUUAAAGCAAUUGGCAACCUUUUUGGACAAAGGACGGAAGGUGGAAGUCAUCCUCACCCGCAAGAAGCACAAGCGAUCGGCGACGGUGGACGAAAUCAAAAACGUCAUGCAGUCUGUGAUGGAUACCAUUCGAGAGGCGGGGGGUACCCAGAUCAAGCCAAUGGAGGGAGAGCCGGGAAAGCAUGUCAUCCUCACUGUGACCAAGGAAAAAUGA